GCCCCUGCGGCGGAUCACACUUCCCCACGGGGGAGGGCGGCUCCUCCACUCGUGCGGAGAGAGGGUGAGACACUGGUGAGGCAGCAGGACAAGAGGGGAGAAGAAGAAGUCUCACACCGGACUCAAACCGAGGGGAAGCGAUAAUCUGGUGCGUCUGAGACCCGUGCUGUGGAAUGACCAAUCACCCACCACAGGCUAACGGCAUGCAGAGUCAGAAAGAGCACCUGUACAAGGUGCUGGUGAUCGGGGACCUCGGGGUGGGGAAGACCUCCAUCAUCAGGCGCUACGUGCACCAGUCCUACUCCAACAACUACCGGGCAACCAUCGGAGUGGACUUCGCCCUGAAGGUGCUGAACUGGGACUCGGAGACUGUGCGGCUCCAGCUGUGGGACAUCGCAGGUCAGGAACGCUUUGGAAACAUGACCCGAGUGUACUACCGUGAAGCCAUGGGAGCCUUCAUAGUGUGCGACGUGACGCGGCCCACGACCUUCGAGGCCGUCAUCAAGUGGAAAGAGGACCUGGACUCCAAACUGAGGCUGGAUAACGGACAGAGCAUCGCCACUGUGCUGCUGGCCAACAAGUGUGACCAGGGCAGAGAGUUGAACAACAGCGGCAUCAAAAUGGACCAGUUCUGCAAGGACCACGGCUUCGUCGGGUGGUUCGAGACCUCAGCCAAGGAUAAUCUCAACAUCAGUGAAGCUGCAAACUUCCUGGUCAAGCACAUCAUGGCCACAGAGAAUGAAAUCAUGAAAACGCUGGUAGCGGACACCGUCUCGCCGCAGUUCGACCACGACAGAAAGACGAGCUGCUCCGGCUGCUUCAAAUAACGAGAGGAGAGGGAGGGUGUGAUGGUGGGACGGGGCAGAGCAGAGUCACAGGAGGACAAAGAGGAACGCUCACACCACACGGCCCUCGAAGGACGCCUGAGUACCCACAGUGCAGUUCUGCUUCUCUGGUCCGAGUUGAACAUUGUUGUUUGCUGCAGUUUUACUCUCUGCAGUAAACCGGAGCUGAAGGGACAUGGACUCAGGAGCUGGACAUUGUUAGGGGAGUUUUUGGCAACUCAUGGUUCUGUGUGUGACUUCAGUCGCUCUUUGGUAUUGAUGUAUGAGAUUAUUUGAAGUAUUACAUAACGUCAGCCUCGCUGUUUGGGGACUGUUCCUUUUAGCUGGUUGAGAUACAUUUCUCACUUCCUCUAAUUUAACAGCACCUCACAAACUAAAAGCCGGAGCCCGGCCGAUAAACAAUCAGUCAGUAUGAGCCUUUCACAGAUGUUCAUGUCUGCUGAUGUGAUAACUUUAAUUUUACAGAAUAAACAAUGCAGGAAAUAGGAGCAUUUAACAUUAAUGUUUACAUUAUGUCUUAAUUCAAGUUCUGUAUGUUUGGUUGUAUUUGUGUUUUCCUUUAAUUUAUAGUUAUUUACGAUAACGUUUGUGUUUAAACGAUAAAAUCUCAAACCUUUCUUUACCAUAAGGGUUUAAAAACAACAUCUUAGGAGUCCUCGACAAGUCUUUUAUUUUUUAUUAUAUGUGUGUUUUUACUUGUUAACAAUCUGUCUGUCUGUCUGAAAGACAAGUUUUGCUCACUUUAUUUCAGUUUUUCACUUUUGUGUGACUGAUGUUGUUGAUUUUCUCUCUCUGUUUAACCUCCACGCAAACUGUGUGGGAGACCUGCCGCCCUCCUGGGAUCUAAUAAGAGCCAAAGAAAGUAAUAUUGACCCUUUGCAUUGUGUGAACUGAACAUACAUUUUUUUUUUUAAUGGUUUUAAGUUAUUUGCUGUAUGCGUGGGUGUGAUGCUGGUUAGUAUAAUGGAGAAUCGCAGCCACUGAAAGGGGGAAAUAUAUGAGAUCUCGAGAAUAAAGUCGUAAUCUUUGGUUAUGUGUGAUGUUAGAGGGGGAACAUCAGACGAUCGGUAAAAUGAGGAAUGUGGAGGAUCUUGUUAAAUUAAACUUUAGUACAAAUAAUGAAAUGAUUCAUCAUCAUAAGUAUCAGGGUUGUGAAGGAUUGUGCAAGAAACUGAGUCUAUUCAGAAGAACCGAGAA